AUGAGUGCUUUUAGCUAUAGACUACCACGCAGGGAUGGUAAAGGAUUUAGACCUGGUGUGUCCAGUUUACUUCAAUUCAAAUCUCGAUUCCGAGGAAGACAGGGUCUUAGAUUCAGUCCCAGUAUUGUACAGCAGCCAUUGGCCAGUCGUACUUAUACUCAGGGUUCUUCCCAGAGAUUAUUUACUCUGAGACAGGGAGAGAGUUCUACCAGUGCCAGAUUUCCUUCUUGCCAGUUAUGUGAAAAAUCUCAUCUUGGAGAGUGCUUAAAGUUCAAGGGAGUUGGUGUUUACUAUCGCUGUGGCCAAGAAGGACACUUGAAAAUGAACUGCCCAGUUGUAUUCCAAAAGAGUGGCAUGGCAAAGAAGAUGUUUCCUCAGCAGAGUGCUGGUAGUACAAGACAGAAUCAGACUCAAAGAGAUGAUUCAGCAACAGAGCAGGUAAAGGAGAACGAGUUGCAGGCAAAUUUGAUACAUCUUGACAUACAUGAUUUCGAUGUUAUCUUGGGUAUGGACUUUCUGGCAACAAAUCGAGUUUCAGUUGAUUACUUCCGAAAGGAGGGCUUCUAUGUAUGUUUGGCUCAUGUGAUUGAUACGAGUGCUACCAAAUUAAAACUUGAAGACAUCCCAGUGGUCAAGGACUUUCCUGAUGUAUUUCCAAAAGAAUUACCAGGCUUACCAUCAGACAGGGUUAUGAAGUUCACUAUAGAUCUGAUUUCGGGAACUGCACCUAUUUCACGGGCACCAUAUAGGAUGGCACUAGUAGAAUUGAAAGAGCUAAAGAAUGGGAAAGUUAUAGCGUAUGCUUCCAGGCAGUUGAAGAAACAUGAACUGAGUUAUCCUACAUAUGACUUAGAGCUAGCUACAGUUGUCCUAACCUUAAAGAUUUGGGGACGUUACUUGUAUAGCGAGAGAUGUCAGAUAUAUACAGAUCAUAAAAGCUUAAAGUAUAUUUUCGAUCAGAAAGAGUUGAAUCUGAAACAAAGAAGAUGGUUAGAAUUGAUAAAAGAUUACGACUGCAAUAUUGAUUAUCAUCUAGGGAAGGCUAAUGUAGUUGCUGAUGCUCUCAGUCGGAAGAUAUCGAGUCCUAUAACCCAGACUAAUGCAGUAUGUUCUUCUUUGUUUGGUAAGUUCAGAGCUUCUCCUACCCAAUUAUCAGUUACCAAUGUAAGAGCAUUGUUUGUCAACUUCCAAGUGAGGCCGACUUUGAUUGACACGGUUGGAGAAGCUCAAACUCAAGAUCAAGUGUUGAGCAAAUUGAAAGAAGAAGCUAAUAAAGGUAAGCAUACAGAUUAUACCAUUCGAGAUGACAGAGCUUUAGUUAUGGGAAACAGAUUAUGUGUUACAAAUGAUUUGAAAUUGAAAAGAAAAAUUCUAGAAGAGGCACAUAGUUCAGCUUACGCGAUGUAUCCAUGUAGUACUAAAAUGUAUCGUAUACUUAAAGAACACUAUUGGUGGCAUGGAAUGAAGCGAAAAAUAGCUGAGUUUGUAUCCAGAUGUCUCAUUUGCCAGCAAAUGAAAUCAGAUCGUCAGAAAACAGGUAAAUUGAGUCCAAGUUAUAUUGGCCCAUAUGAGAUUAUUGAACGCAUCGGUCCAGUUGCUUAUCGAUUGGCUUUGCCAAUAGAAUUGUCCAAAAUUCACGAUGUAUUCCAUGUUUCGAUGCUUCGUAAGUAUAUUCCAAAUUCAUCUCAUGUUUUGGAAUCACAACCAGUAAAACUGAAAGAAAAUCUUACAUAUGAAGAAGAACCAGUUCAGAUAUUGGACAGAAAAGAACAUGUCUUGCGUAGUAAGACUAUUUCUUUGGUUAAAGUCUUGUGGAGGAAUCAUGCUAUGGAAGAAGCGACAUAG